CGACUCUCUCCUCCUCCUCCUCCUCUUCUUCUUCUUCUUCUUCUUCUUCUUUCUCCCCCCUCCUCCUCCUCCUCCCUCCCUCCCUCCCUCCAUCCAUCCCUCCAUCCCGGCCUGAGGGGGCCGCGACGAGCCGCUGUGAACCAGGACCGGACGCGGAGCUGGUGCCGCUUCUCCCCGGGAUGAUGGACGCAGCUCUGCGGUGACCCAGGCGCCACCAGCCCCGCUCGGCCGGCGGAGGAACUUCCCACGACAGCUUUUUAAAACAGCUUUUUCUUCAAUUUAAAUGCUUUUUCCCCACAAUGUCACCACCAAGGAGACGCCGCUGAGGCACCUGCUCGGUUCUCUACCGGCCGUUUUUUAGCUCCCGUUAGCUGCGGUAUGACCGGAGCUGACCGCCGCAUCUGACCGGGGACCGGGCUGUGCUGCUGGGGCUGGAGGAGGCGGCGGCGGUGGUGGUGGUGGUGGUGGUGGUGGUCGGGGAGGAAGAGGAGGGGGGGAGCUUUGGGGUUUGUGGAUGAGAACCGGUCACCGGGCCGGAUUCCGUGAGGAGGGAGGACGCCGUCCGGAGCGGAGGAAGAGGAGGAGGAGGCAGCAGCGGCAGAAGCAGCGACGGGAAGCCGACCUGAGGACCUCCUCCCCGGGGGGAGCGGAGCGGCGCGGCGGCCUGAGGAGGAUGUGAAGAUGGGUCUAGUGUUCGGUCUCCUGUGGCUGUUCACCGGCUUCCUGCAGGGAGUCCACGGCCAGGGCGUGUACGCGCCCCCUACAGUGCGGAUCGUGCACUCCGGUCAGGCCUGUAACGUGGAGGAGGAGCGCUACAGCGAGCGGGUUUACACCAUCAGAGAGGGGGAGACUCUGGAGCUGCAGUGUCUGGUGACGGGACACCCCCGACCACAGAUUCGUUGGACGAAGACGGCGGGCGGCGCCUCGGAUCGUCCGGGAGAUUCUACUGUGAACAACGCAACUCUGAGGAUCGAAACCAUCAGUCGCCACCAGGGGGGGCGCUACUACUGCAAGGCUGAGAACGGGCUGGGUUUACCCGCCAUCCGCUCCAUACGGGUCGACGUCUACUACCUGGAUGACCCGGUGAUAACAGUCCAUCAGAGUGUGGGGGAGGCGAAGGAGCAGUUCUACUUUGAACGGACCGUGUUCCUCCGUUGCGUUGCCACCUCCAACCCCCCGGUCCUCUACUCCUGGAGGAGAGGGAGGGAGGUGCUGUCUCAGGGCUCUGACUCCGGGGUGGAGAUCUACGAGCCCUUCUUCACACAGGGCGAGACGAAGAUCCUGAAGCUGAAGAAUCUCCGACCGCAGGAUUACGCCGACUACACCUGCAUCUCCUCCGUCAGGAACGUCUGCGGCAUCGGAGACAAGAGCGCCCACUUCAGGCUGAGCAACAGGACCGCUCCUCCCUCCAUCAGGCUGCUCCUCGACGACCCUCUGGUGGUGAACCCGGGUGAGACCAUCGCUCUGGUUUGCGUGGCGUCCGGCGGAGACCCGCCUCCGACUCUGAGGUGGACGAGGCCGGAGGGGGAGGAGCUUCCAAAGAGGAGCGUCGUCAACGGCGGCACGCUGACCCUCCCCUCCGUCACCGUGGACGACGGCGGCGCCUACAGCUGCGUGGCGUCCAACAACGUGGGCAACGCCGCCAAGAAGUCCACCACCAUACUGGUCAGAGGUCUUCGUAAAGGUCGGUUCUGGAUCACGCCCGACCCGUACCACAACGACGACAACAUCCAGAUCGGCCGGGAGGUGAAGAUCAGCUGCCAGGUGGAGGCCACGCCCCCGGAGGAGCUGCAGUUCAGCUGGCUGAAGAACGGCCGGCCUCUGCGGAGCUCCGAGCGGAUGGUCAUCACCCACACCGACACCGAGGUCUCGCCCGGCACCACCAACCUCGACAUCAUCGACCUCAAGUUCACCGACUUCGGCACCUACACCUGCGUAGCAUCGCUGAGGAACGGAGGGACGCCCGAGAUCAGCAUCGACGUCAACAUUUCGUCCACCACAGUUCCCCCGGAGCUCACCGUGCCCAGGGGGCGCUCUCACCUCAUCGCUCAGGAGGGCGACACCGUGGACCUGCAGUGUCUGGUCUCUGGGAAACCCAAACCCAUCAUCCUGUGGUCCCGGGUGGAGGAGAGCAGCGCGGCGGCGGCGGUGGCAGCGGCGCCGCUGAUGCCGGACGGGUCGGCUCAGACCGAGAGCUACGACGGCGUCCUGAGGCUCAGCAACGUGACCCGGGACAUGAGCGGGACCUACCGGUGCCAGACCAGCCAGUACAACGGCUUCAACGUCAAACCCAGGGAGGCCCUCAUCCACCUGGUGGUGCAAUUCCCUCCCACCGUGGAGCCGGCGUACACCGAGGUCCGCCAGGCUCUCGGCCGGGCGUUCAGCCUCACCUGCCGCCUCCUGCGAGCUCACCCGGCUCGCCUCCUGAAGUACGAGUGGAAGCUCGGCUCUCGCCUUCUGACCGUCGGGCAGUUCAGCGACGACAACGACGACACCAACUACCACGUCAAGGCCCUGAACCGAGAAGGCUACGGCGAGUACACCUGUGACAUCACCAACGAGGCCGGAGCGGGACGAUGCACCUUUCUGGUCACAGGAAAGGCCUACGCUCCGGAGUUUUACUACGACACCUACAGCGCUUUGUGGCAGAACAGGCCUCGAGUCUAUGGCUUCAAGCUGCAGUGGACGCAGAUGGAGCCCAACGGCGUGGACCGGAUCCUGGCCUACAGACUCGGCAUCAGGCAGAUGGGUCAGUCCCGCUGGUGGGAGCAGGAGAUUCCCAUGGAGGGAACCAUCCAGAAGGGGGAGCUGUUGACCUACAACCUGACAGAACUCGUCAAACCCGAGUCCUACCUGGUCCGUCUCACCCCCAUCACCCGCUACGGGGAGGGAGAUGCCACCGAACGCACCAUCACAUACAGCGCUCCUGUUAACCCACAUCUCAGGGAGUUCCAGUGUGGUUUCGAGGACGAGGCGUUGUGUUUGUUCUCUCAGGACAAAACGGACGAGUUCGACUGGACGCGUCACAGCGCCGCCACGCGGGACACGAAGUACACGCCCAACACCGGACCCAGCUCGGACCACACGGGCUCCAGACAAGGUUUCUACAUGUACAUCGAGACGUCGAGGCCGAGGUUGGAGGGCGAUAAAGCCCGACUACUGUCGCCCACCUUCAACAUGAACUCAAAGAGCUCCUCCUCCUCCUCCUCCUCCUCCUCGGGCGGUAACAACCCCACCUACUGCUUCGCCUUCUUCUACCACAUGUACGGGAAACACAUAGGAGCGCUCAACGUUUUCCUGCGUCAGAAAGGUCAGACGGUGACGGACACGUCGGUCUGGAGUCUGACUGGUAACCAAGGAGACCGCUGGCGACAAGCCAAGGUCAACAUCCACCCAACCACAGCCUUCCAGAUGGUGAUGGAGGGCGUCCGAGGUGCUGGUAUCGAGGGAGAUAUCGCCAUCGAUGACGUUACCAUCGAGGAAGGCGAAUGUAAAGACCCUCCCCCCAACAAUCUAAGAUCAAUGGCUCCGCCUUCUUCGCCCCAUAUAUGGCAGCUCUGCAUCACUCUGAGUUUUGCUCUGAUUGGCCGGCAGAGGUGACCCCGCCUCCCCCUCUCCACAGGACGCCACAACUUCAACUCUUUACCCCCCAAGCCCAAGCUUUCCCCAUCAUGAUACCCCCACCCUCCAUUAUAACACCUCCUCCACCUCCACCAGCUCCCAACGACCAAAGAUGCAAAGUAACUGGGCGACGCAAAAGGACGAGGGAUCACAAAAUGAAAACAGAGGGUUUGAACAACAUUUUAAAUGAGCUCUGUCUCCUCUCUAAGACAUAUGUAGCUUAGCCUAGCUUGGAGAACUGCUAGCCUAGCUCCAAAAACUCCCAUGUUAGCCAGUGAGCUAGUUAGCGGCCCACCCAGCUGGGUUUGUUUGACAGUAAAAGACAAAAUUAUGUAAAAUGUCUGAGGCAGAUGUUGAUAAUCCCAAUGGCCUCAUCCUUUCAUGAUGUCUUUACAUGUUAAUACAUUCAGUUAGCUUAUCAUUAGCAUGCUAACUGUUAGCCACGGAUUUUAAACACCAAAUAUUUUGUGUACACGACAUCUUGUGUUUGCUAACCGUGAGCUCACAAGUUCCAUUUGAAGGCAGCAAUAAACCGCUAAUGUAACCGCUAACGAAUGUGCAAGCUAGUUAGCACCAUAACAAAUUAGCUCCUCAAGCUAGCUAGCGUGAUUAAAUAAGGUCUUAAAAUCGGGUCGUUUUAAGAAGAGGAGUUCACAGUCACAUAAAUGGACUCAUUAGCAUGCUAACUGUUAGCCUCUGUGGCCUCUAGAAGCUAAUGGUUGCCUAGCAACGUCUGAUUAUACCACUUAAAGUACACAACGUCCUGUGUCGUAAGCGUUAAAUCAUCGGAUCCAUUUGAAGGCAGCAGAUGCUAAAGAACUUUUAUUUUAACCAAUCUGGGUUUGUAUUUGAACGCAGAUGUCCCACAGCUUCGUACUGACCCUGAACGCCUCCCAUGUGAUGAAGAAGUUGAUGUAAACGGGAAAAAAAAUCUGAUUAAUCAAAAUUAUAUUUGGUGAAACUCUCAGCAGAUAACGAAGCAGAAAUGAGAGCGUGAAUGUCAAAGGACGACUUUCCUCCCAAACCCUUCGUCAUCAUCAUCCUCUUCAUCCUCAUCUUCAUCCUCCUCCUCUCUAUCAUCAUCAUCUACCUCCCUCCCUCCCCCUCCUCCUCUCCAGAUCAACAGUACUGUACCACGUGACGGACAGACCUAUUUUUUGUUGGGAGCUGCGUUUUUAAGAAACACUUUUAGAUCCUACGUUGACGUCUGUCUGUUCGCGUCGGACUGAGGAGACUUCACCCUCUGCCAUGACAUCAAGUGCCUUCAGACUCAGAGGAAGAAGAGCUCGACGCCGACGCUCGCUCUGUUCAUGAGACCAGAGAGGAACCAACCAAUAAACACCAACGUCCUCCCCGGCUCCACUGAGCAGAGAAACGCUUUCUUACUUUUUAUUCGUUUGUUUGUUUUUGGCGGCGAAGAAGAAGAAGCAGAAGAAGAAGAAGAAGAAGAAGCAGAAGAAGAAGCAGAAGAAGAAGCAGAAGAAGAAGCAGAAGAAGAAGAAGGAGAAGCCAUGGACGGGAGACGGGACGUUGUCUGAUAUAUUUAAUGACCUUUGACCUGAGGAUCUGUGGCUGUUUGACGACGCUCAGCCAAUCAGAUUCAAGCAACUAUUUAAAGAACUAUUUUAGUAUUUUAAAAUAAGACGCAGAGAAGAAAAAUAUAAAUGAAAAUCUUCUAUUGUUCCUAUUAUAUUAUAACGACAGAGGGACGUCUUUACACUUUCAGCUCUACUCGUCUUCAUUUCCUUCUUUUAGAUUCAUUUUUUUUGGUUUUAAAUUUUAAUCGGGGUGGAUUUUACUGGAAGGAUGAAAACGGUUCGAUACGCGUCAAACUACAAAAGCACAAAACGACAAAAACUCAUUCAGUUCAACAUUUACACACUGACUCAUCAAGUAACAUAUGGAAGCCCAUUUCUGUCAAGAAAAUAAAAAAAGAUUAAAAAAGUAACUUUAAACACAUGAAUGCUUCAUAUAUAAACAGAAUAAUAUUAUUUUCUCAUAUUUUUUGCCUUGAAUACAUUUAAAAAAAAAUGCAUGAUAUAAAAACAAAAAUUUCACAUCAACAUCCCAAAAAGUUUGAUUACUGUCACUUUUAUACUGUUAAUUUAAAACUCAUACAUUUGUCUUGAAAGUAAAAAGUUGUACAUGUUUAACUGUCACAUAAUCUUUAAAAUAAUUCAAUCAUUUAUUAUUCAUAAAACCUGAGGCUGUGGUUUUAUACAGAUUUUAUCAAAAUUAUUUAUUUAUUUGUUCAGUUUGUUGUAAAGUAAUUUAAUUUUUUUGUCUUAAUUCAUCUUCACAUUUUAUUUUCUCUUCCAUGACUUAAUUAAAAGCAUCAUUAAUUCUCAUGGUCAGUAAACAUGAAAAAAAAUGAGAAUUUUAUCUGUAACUUUAAAAAUAAUACAAAAAUAAAAUUCACCAUAUAUUUAAACACUUUCUUCCAUUUUUAUUAAUAUUUGUAUUUGUUUCAAACUGAGAAGAUUUUUCUGCCAAGGACAAAAAAUACAUUAGUUUAAAAUAAUUUAUUAUUAUUGUUUUGACAUAAUAAUCAUUAAUAUUAAUUAUUGAUUAAAUACCAAUAAAUAAGAUGUAUUUUCUGACUUGAUUUAAUAAUUUUAAUUUUUUUUUUAUUUUUUUUUUUCAUUUCAUUGAUCAUUAAUUUAAAUAUUAUCUCAGACUUUAAUCUUAGUUGCUGCUCGUCCUGAUUUACUUUCAUACCUGAACAUCAGUUUCCUUGUUUGUCACCAAUGGGCUUCCAUAUCUCCGCUGGUCACUGCCGUUUCAAACACAUGAGAAAUAAACACAUAAACUUUUACUUUUACAGACGGGAAUUGUGAAAUUCAUGAGUCUUUAUCUUCUGAGCCGAUGUUUGAAGGAACUGAUCUGAAAUCCACACGAUUUCAUUCUCUUCUGAUUCGAGGACACGAGUAAAUUAAACUCGUGGAUGAAUAUUAGUUUCUCUUUUUUCUCCACGUGACGUGUUUUUCCUCUGCAGCCGAUGAUCAGCUCGUCCUCCGUGGAUCAGUUUAUCCUCCUCUUCAUCUCCGAGCUGCUGCCGCUGAUAAACAUCAGUCUGUUUAUUCAUGUUGGUCCAGAUUCAGACUCGUCCCAGAUUUAAAACUCAUGAGACGAUGGAGCAGUUAAAUGUUCCCUGGUUAGAAAUCUGAGCUUCAGCCAAAUACAGAAACUCCUUACGUCUGCACAUUUAAAUACAUCGUAGUGAGCACCAGAGAGGUGUAGGUUUAUCCGCCAUAACAUUAUGACCAUUAUAGAUUAUCAGGUUCUAUUGGAUCUUCACUGCAUUAGGCAGAAGAUGAUUGGAUUUCAAAAGUAUGACGACAGAGAAGAUCUGCACGAAUUCAAAGACGCAUGAAAGAUGAGAAACUAGAGGGAGGAGAUUGUGGACAAACCUCUGGGAAUAAAACUUUCAUCAGUUUCAAUAAUAUAUUUACCAUUUAAAGAUUGAACACUAUAUUUGUACUAUUCAGGAAUUUCUACAUUUCUUCAUGAAAAUGAUUUAAAACAUCAGCUCUUCACACGGGUCCUGAAAGUAGAAACAGGAACAUUGUUCAGUUCAUUAUUUGUGGCUUCCAGACUCUUUACAGAUGGUUGUGGAACCUUUUCCAGCCUGAUGAGCAACAACAACUCUUUUUCUGAGCUCCUCACAAAGCUCCUUUGAUCUGUUGUCAUCACACACUUCAACACAAACAUGAGACAAAUCCCUGAUUUAUAGAAACUAAACCAGGACCUGAGUCUCAUCAUUGAUGGAAACACUUCUGGUUUAGACUCUGAUUAGACCUGGAAAUUAACUCUGAUAUGUGAUAUUGGCUCAUUUUACUGAAUAAAUAAACACACAAGUAUUAGUUUUUCUCUUUCGUGUGUUUCACUGGGUUCUUUGUCACUUUCAGGACUUUGUGAUGUUGAUGUUUUGAGUCAUUUUUAUUCAUAAAUGUAGAAAGUUAAUCGACGUCUGAGUCGGUUGAAGCUUCGUCUCGUCUGCAGCGGAAAAACACGUCCUGAUAUUUAGUUUCUGAGGGUAAAGACAAAGAGGUCGAUGAAUUAAAAGCUGAAAAAAAAUAAAGAAAUAAAACACGACUCUGUGGACGAGUGAAGAAAAGUUAUUUUUAUAACUGUGACUAUUCUCUGCAAUACAUUCAGAUCAGUUGGACUGAGUGGUGACAACUCUGCAUUCUGGGUAUUAUUAUUAUUAUUAAAGUUAUGAUAUGAAUAAAUACACUCUAAAUGAACCUUUUAAA